GACAUAAGUUCUUAGCUAAUUUCACAGCUUAGACACUACUCAUGGCAGGCUUCAAGUCUAUGAUCAUCAGCUCCCAAGCUGCAGCACUACUGCUUGUGGCUUUGAUGGGCCUCGCGCUGGUGCAUAUCCAGAUGGCCGAGGCUCAGGGCAGCUCGUGCGCGGCCGUCCUGACCAAUCUGAAUGUGUGUGCACCCUUUGUGGUUCCGGGGAGUAACGACAAACCAAGCUCCGACUGCUGCAAUGCGGUCCAAGCUGUGGAAACGAGCUGUAUUUGCAACACUCUCAGGAUGGCUGCUCAACUUCCCUCUCAGUGCAAUCUCCCUCCCCUCUCUUGUGGUACAAACUGAUCAUACAAAUUAAGAUCUCGCACGCGCUGCAUGCCAAGGAAUAAUGUUGAAGUUUCACUGUUGUUCUUUCGUUUACUUUCUUUUCCUUUUGCCCUUUUGCUUCCUUAAAUGUACGUGUCAUCUGAUUGUCAUGU